AUGUCAGGACCCACCGCUCUCGUCCCCGGAAACUACGUUAUCUUUUCUGAGAACCCCUCUGGCACAUCCACCACUGCGCCUGGAACCAAUGGACGAUCCAACUUUGCAGUCACCUGCCCCCUCUCCGCUGGAGGAAAUUUCACCAUUACGUCGCUUUCGUCGGCAGCCAGUGCGCAGCCUACCCAAAUCUGGCUUGUUACUGGGGACGGUAUGAUCUUGGCCAAAACCUCCGCUUCGGGCCAGUUGGCGCAGUCUCCCACGUUCUACGCGAACUACACCAACAACUCGGCCAACAUCGUCACGAUCAGCGCGCCAGCUACACCUGCACCCAACACCAAAUUUGUGUUCCAUGUUUCGCAGGUAGCAAAGACUGACCAAGGAGACGCGCUUUCCUACCUCGCCACCGUCAUGACCGCCGACCUCACGGACAGCUUCUGGACCGUCGACUCUGUGCAAAACAACACCAUCGUUAAAGCGAACGUUAAGAGCAGCGCAAAGAACUUUGUCUUUGUUCCUGUUUAA